ACCAAGUGAUUACACAGCCCCAGUGUUCCCCAUCCCUGCUUUAUAGGCUCAACAGCUACCUUUAGCUAAGUGGGGACAGAAGAACUUGAGUAUUCCUUUAUUACAAGAAACUCUGUAUGGCAGCAGGCACAAACAGUUAUAUCAAGUGCCACAGCAAUUAACUUCACAAAGAUUGGUUUAUCAUAGAAAUGACAAUGUAUAGUUGCUUGUUAAAGUUAAGCAUUUUAAAACUUCCUCUAAGUUUUUAAGUUUAAAUUACAAAUAUUCCCUUUAAAAAACUGGUUCCCACAUGUUUUUAUAUGUACUAAAGAAUUUAUUAGUUUCAUCCCAAAUCAUGUAUGUUUAGGUAGUUUUAAAAAAAUUAAUUUCAUAAAUUAGCAAAUAAAAUUAUAAUAGGAAGUCAAACUAGACGGACUGAAAACUGAUUUUUCUUUUUUCUCUUUUUAAUUUGAAUAUUCUAAUUAUUUCUGCCUUGAAUGUAUAUUACUUGAGUGACUAAAAAUAGAUAAAUAUAAAUAACUAGAUUUUGAUUGGCAUGGAUCUAGUGAUUAUUUUUCUUGUUUUUAAUAGUAAUGUUCAAAUUCCAGUGUUUGAAAAUUUGAACAGUAAAAUUCUUUACGAACAUUUAAUAGUUGAUUUUAGAUUUUCAUUUUAUUAGUUUUUGAAUCCUUUUUUGAUUUUAUAAAGGAUGUUCAUGUAUUUGCUUUGGAAUGCAAAGUGGGCAGUGGACAACGUAUUUACCUCGUAACAAGCUAUAUUCAACUCUGGUUUUAUUAUAAAUCCCGUGACACCAGAAACAAAUAUAGGAGUGUUACACAAGAUCAAAGUCACCUGUGAAUAAAUAACAGUAUGGAGUUGACCAUAUUUUCCAGUUAAAUAAUGUUACAGAAUGUGAUUGUUACAUCUUGUUUGAUGGAAACUCUUAAUAAUCUGAUCCAUAAACCUAUGGAAAAAUCUCCUACACUGCUAUGAGGUCAUUCCUGAAAAUGCGGUUUGCAAGCUCUAUUUUGACCUGGAAUUUAACAAACUUGCCAACCCAGGAGCUGAUGGAAAAAAGAUGGUGGCAUUACUCAUUGAGCAUGUUUGUAAAGCACUUAAAGAGUUAUACAGCGUUAACUGUUCAGCCGAAGAUGUUUUCAACUUAGAUUCUAGCACUGAUGAGAAAUUUAGCCGCCAUUUAAUAUUUCAACUCCAUGAUGUGGCAUUUAAAGAUAACAUUCAUGUUGGGAAUUUUGUGAGAAAAAUUUUGCAGCCUGCUUUCCAUUUAAUUGCCAGUGAAGAUGAUGAAGAUGAUGGUGGUAUUCCAGAGACGACAGGCCAUGGAUUUUCCCACUUUUCUGAACCACCAGUUAAACAAGAAAUUUCCUUCAGCAAAAUGUCCACAGAUAAGGAGAUAGCAGAGAGCUGGACAUUGAAUUCAGAGGGACUGGAGAGGCCAGUGUCAGCUAAGCUACACAGCCCUGACCUCUCAUUUCUAGUUGUGAAGGAUCCUGCAGGCAAAAGGCGUCUCUUUGUAGAUCUAGGAGUUUAUACAAGAAAUAGAAACUUUCGGCUGUACAAAUCAUCAAAAAAAGGAAAGUUUGUGGCUUUGGAGGUCGCUGAAGAUAACAGAUUUUCUCUUACACAGUCAAAGAAUAUUUCUGAAGAAAGUCAGUAUUUCCUCUCUUCUUUAGUCAGCAAUGUCAGAUUCUCAGAUACUUUACGAGUUCUUAGAUGUGACACGUCUGAGAACAAACAGAAACAGGCUGGGCACUUGACUAGUACCAGCACUUCAGUAGAAAGCAUUGAAGGUUUCCAGGGUUCGCCCUACCCUGAAAUAGAUCAAUUUGUUCUUUCUUUGGUGAAUAAAAAUGGCAUUAAAGGAGGAAUUCGGCGUUGGAACUACUUUUUUCCAGAAGAAUUACUGGUUUAUGACAUUUGUAAAUAUCGCUGGUGUGGAAACAUUGGAAGAGCCCACAAGAGUAACAACAUCAUGAUUCUGGUUGAUCUGAAAAAUGAAGUUUGGUAUCAAAAAUGUCAUGACCCUGUAUGUAAAGCAGAAAACUUCAGAUCUGACCGUUUCCCAUUACCUGCUGAAAUAUGUCUCCCGUUUCUUCUCAAAGAGGAAGGAGAGUUUACAACACAUGAAGCGAUGAACGAUGAGACCCAGAAUCCUCGUGUGCCACCAUCUAGUACAGCGUCAAAAGUUGUAUGUUCUGACCCUGACUGGGACAGUGGCCUUGACGACACUUAUUUUUGGGAAGCUACUGAAGAUGCUGAAUUAGCAGAAGCUGCGGAGAACAGUCUUCUAGGUUAUAAUGGUGGAGUGGAUGAGAUUCCUGAUGAACUAAUUGUACAAGUUUUCCAAGACUAGCUAAUUAACUAUGGAUACUUAUAAUCACACUAAUUAACAAACAUUAAAUUAUAGUAACUUAUUGUUAAAUCUGUUUAUAUCAACUAAGUUUUAUCACUGUGCUUUCCAAUUCUUGGUUUUUACUGAAGUAAACCAGUUUUACUGAAAA